GGGAGUGGUGCGGCUGACGCAGACAGUGGGGACUUGUGUCUAUGUUGUUCAGCCGUGCCGUGCCUCUGUGGAGAGAGGGCCAAGGAGCGGUCCUGAGCAACCGGUAGUUGCAACAACAGGAGUAGGAUGGGCAAGAAAAAGAAGGCAGAGAGCACCUCCGAGCCAUACGGGGAACCAGCCAAAUAUGAUCCGACUUUCAGGGGUCCAAUCAAAAACAGGAGUUGCACUGACAUCCUCUGCUGCGUGCUGUUUAUGGUCUUCAUUGUGGGUUACAUGAUCGUGGGGAUAUUGGCCUGGUUAUAUGGAGACCCACGUGAAGUGAUCUAUCCCAGGAACUCCACUGGCUUGUACUGUGGCAUUGGCACUAAUGAGGAUAAACCCUAUGUCUUCUACUUUGACAUCCUGAAAUGUGCCUCUCCGACAGGCAUCCUGGCCUCUGCCCUCAAUGGCCUUCAGUGUCCAACAACUCAGGUCUGUGUUUCGCAAUGUCCCAAUAAAUUCUGGCUUCCAGUAACAUCAUUUGUAUCAGGAAUUUCGCCUUCAAUUGUCUUCGAACAGGAAUACUGCAAUCCUUCCAUUGACCUGACAACGACCACCCUGACACCACAAGAUAUUUUGCUGAAAGAACUGUGUCCAAAAUACACAAUUCCAAGCACACCGUUCCUUGGUCGGUGUGUGCCAAAGAUAGGUGGUGUGUUCCCUGCCAACUUUACCCUUAAUGAUGUUGACGAUGCCAAUGAGACAGCUGAAGAGGUGAAAACUGCUGUUGGGGAUUUGUUGGGUAGCUUCAAUGCCAGGGAGGUGGGGAUGAGGAUUUUUGAAGAUUUUACCAAGUCCUGGUACUGGAUAUUAAUUGGCCUGGUAAUUGCUAUGCUAGUGAGUCUGCUGUUCAUGGUACUCUUGAGGUUCCUGGCAGGAAUUCUGGUCUGGAUCAUGAUCAUUGCCCUGGUUGUUGUCAUUGGUUACGGGAUCUGGCACAGCUACUGGGAGUAUGAUAGUCUCAACAAGCAAGGGGCGACCAUCGCGUCUAUCGGAUUCACCACAGAUAUCCGGGUCUACGGACAAGUCAAGGAGACCUGGCUGGCUGUAUUGAUCAUCCUGGCUGUCCUGGAGGUUAUCAUCCUGCUGCUCCUGAUCUUCCUGCGGAAGAGAAUCCUUAUUGCAAUCGCGCUCAUCAAAGAGGCCAGCAAGGCGAUUGGUCAUAUCAUGUCAUCACUACUUUAUCCCUUAGUCACCUUUGUCCUACUGCUGAUUUGUGUGGCUUACUGGGGAUUGACUGCUCUAUAUCUGGCCACAUCAGGGCAGCCACUGUAUCGGGUGGUGAACUUGGGCCAGUCAACUCCCAGCUGCGAUGCCAUCCCUGGCAAUGAAACCUGUGACCCCUUGUCCUUCAAUGCCUCCAAGUACAACUGUGAGGGGGUGAAGUGUGCCUUCUACAAGUACAACGACGAGGGAAUCUUACAGCGGAACCUCUUCAACCUCCAGAUCUACAACAUCGUUGGCUUCUUAUGGUGCAUGAACUUUGUCCUCGCACUGGGCCAGUGCACCCUGGCCGGGGCUUUUGCCUCCUAUUACUGGGCCUUCAAGAAACCAGCGGACAUUCCCUAUUUUGCAGUCUCUAGUUCCUUCAUGCGCUCCCUCAGGUAUCACACUGGCUCUCUGGCCUUUGGAGCACUGAUCCUAACCAUUGUCCAGCUCAUAAGAAUUAUCCUGGAAUACUUGGAUCACAAGCUGAAACAUUACCAUAAUCCCUUUACCAAAUUCCUGUUGUGUUGUCUUAAGUGUUGCUUCUGGUGUCUGGAGAAAUUUAUCAAGUUCAUAAAUCGUAACGCCUACAUCAUGAUCGCUGUCUACGGUAAGAAUUUCUGUGUGUCAGCCAAAAAUGCAUUCAAGCUCUUGAUGAGGAAUGUGGUCAGGGUGGUGGUGCUGGACAAGAUCACAGACCUGCUGCUGCUUUUUGGGAAGCUCCUUGUUGUUGGUGGUGUAGGUGUUUUGGCAUUUUUCUUCUUCACUGGACGGAUAAAAAUUCCUAACCCGACAUUCCAGGUUCCUACCUUGAACUAUUAUUGGGUGCCAAUACUGACUCUGGUAGUCGGCUCCUAUAUGAUUGCCCACGGGUUCUUCAGUGUUUACAAUAUGUGCGUCGACACGCUGUUCCUCUGCUUCUUGGAGGAUCUCGAAAGGAACGACGGCUCGGCGGAAAAGCCUUACUACAUGCCCUCAUCCCUGAUGAAAAUUCUCAAUAAGAAAAACAAACCCGUCAAAUCCAAGGAGAAGAAAUAAGCUCCCGGCCGCCUGCAAGUUCAGACGUUGUAAGACGGUUGAACGCCAUUCGUUACUACUUUUAUGUUCAAGGGGAAGAGAGCAGACUUGGGGAGGGUUAACCGAAAGACUUCCAGAAGAAUCCUACUCCCUUCCUCCCUCCCUCUCUGGGUGUAGAUCAACAGCCCCAUCGUGGAAUAGAUUAGAAAUAACAUGGGGAUUCUUUCCACUUCUGUAAAUGAACGGGAUUGCACCUCCGCGUUUCGGGAUCUCCCCAUCCUGGCAAUUUUCCCUUCCCUUGCCAGUUCUGAUAAAAGGGAUUCUACUGGCACACACUCUUGGCACCUUAAUAACUACGUUCAGGAUUGGCUCGGUGAUGCCCUCCAGAGCCCAUAAGCUGCUUAAAGUAUGUUUUUAAUUUUAUUUAACAUUGGUUGGCCCACGGAUAUUAUUGAGUCAGACCUCCCUGACCUUAAUAUUUACAACUUGUGCCUUUUGGGGAAAAAAAAACUUUUUUUUUUCCUGAAGUAAAUUGUACUAAAUGCACUCUAUCUCUCCUCUCUAACAUUCCCUCAUUUCCUGUCACUCACCCUCUCUCUCAUUUAUAUGGAUAAGACAAUAUUCUGAUUGAUUUAGGUCACAAACAGUGUUCCCACAUGUACCAUCCUCAUUAUGGAAAAUUUUUCUCUUGUUAUAAGACCAGCCUGAGCCCUCAGUACAUGGAGGAGCUUGACAGCAGCCUAAGCCAGGCAGGAAGUCCUUGACGUCUGAACCUGAGACAGCACCAAUGUGAAAUCUCACCCCCCCAUAUACACCAUAUUUUAAAUGUGCAUUUUCACUUCCUUCCUUUCCUCUUUUUGCCUAUUUCCUCCCUUCCAUAACCCUCCCUCCAGUUUCCUUCCUUCCCCCCUCCCUAUAUUGAGCAUCUGCUUCCUCCCUCCAUUCCCUUCCCCUAUGCCUCCAGCCUUCCCUCUCUUCUCAGUCACCUGAGAUCUGAAGGGUAGGGGUCAGUUUAUAACCUACUCCUUUUGAUAGUUGUGUUGCAUUGAGCCAAGUCAAGGGCUAGCAGAGAAACAGGAAAUUAAGACAAGCCCAGGACAAGAGCGGUGUUCAGACCCCAAUGUAAUGUCGACCAUGUCACGAUAAACAGUGUUGUACAAUGUCUCUGUUAAUGCCACCAUGUUACAUUAUAGUCCCAGUGGGAUCAAUGUAGAGAAAAGGAUGGGAGGGGACAAUGUGCUGUGCACAUCCCCUUUAAUCUUCCAGGAGCCCCUAUAGCUGGACCAGAUCUAGAGCUCUGUGAAUGCCAAGCCUUCUCCAGUCUCUGCCUUUAUUUACCCUCUGGUGCUAAGGGAAGGUGAUGAUGUGAAGUGGCACCUUGGUACUGCAGUUAUUGGCCUUUGUUCAGCUCAGUCCCACUUUGGGGGCCACAAGAGUUUGCCUGACAUUGUCUCAUAUGGACUCAUUCUCUGCAAUGGACUGAAUAGCUGUAGCUGGAUUUCGGUGAACAGCAACCACAAAAAGGAAUGAUUUUCAAAGUCUGCCCUUGGGCCUGAGACAGGAACUGAAUGCCCUUAGGGCUGUGGUGGCAAGAUCAGUCAGCCGGUAAUUGAGUCUGUGCUGCUCUGAUGUCUGACUCCCCCUUAACGCCCAAAUCACCCAGUCUUGUAAUGUUCACUGGAUAUUAAAUCCCUUUGUUUCCUCCGCCUUUUCAGGGGGUGGGAGAGGUAUGUUCUGUCAAUGUAAUUUCCCACCUUUCAAAGGUCGGAACAAAAUUUCUGGAUAUAUUAUCAAAGCCAAACAAAAUCCAUCUGCAAGCGUUGCAGUUAGUCUUAGGCUCAAUCAACAGUUGGACUCACCGACAGCUUCAGAUGUCUCCCAUCUGAGGCAAAUGUUUUUUUUUUCUGUGCAACAAGCAAAAAGGUAACCCUUCUGAUUUUUUUCAUUCUAUCUCUCUGUGUUGGGGUGAUUCUUCACAGGGCAUGUGGCUUGUCAUCUGGUGAGGGAAUGAGUGAGGAGGGGGCUCCCUUGUUUCCUGUUGUUGAGCAUUCAGUUAAGAGCCUGUACCAGUGACUAAUCUUCCCAGCCCCAAGGUCACUGGCUUCACUAACCCAGCACCAGCUGUUUGGUGUCACUGAGCUCUGCACCAUGCUGAGGCUCCACACAUUAUUGAAGGGUGCGACUUUGAUUAUUUAUUUGAUUGUUUUACACAAUUUAUCCAACAAAGAACAUUUUGUUCAAAUUCUUGUUCUUCCCCCAUCAAACCCCAAUCCAUAUGAUGGUAACAGUUGUGAAGCCCAUUUAUAUUAGUGUUAAUAGCAAUCUCCUUGGGCUGUUUGUGAUUUUACUGCUGGGUUCCAACAUGCUUUAAAUACAAUUCUGAAGAAUUCCUAAUUGGUAUGAAAAUCGGAUUUUUAAAAAUACUUAAAUGUUUAAGUUAAAGCAAAACCUUCAGGGUAACCUUGUCUGUUAGAUUGGCUGGCUGGACAUCUGAUUUGCACUGCAGGGUGACACUAACAGCGCGGGUUCAAUUCCUGCAUGAGAUAAGGCUACAGUGAAGGUCCCAACUCCUCAGUCUUAUCCCUCAUUUAAGGUGUGAUGACCCUUGGGAUAAACCACAACAGUCACCCCUCUCCAACGAGAGACCAGCUUCUCUACGACUACAGUGACAUGACCUUUACCAACUCCAAGCUGAGUGACUUCCAAUUGAAUGAAAAUUUCUGGGUGGGUUUGGGAAAUGGGGAAUGCAGACCGUGUGCGUUUUGUAGUUACCCUACACUCCCGUCAUGAUCAAUCAGAAUACUUUCUUUUCCCCCCUUUUUCUCUCUCUGUCUCUCUACCUCUGUAUCUCAGUUUCUGGUAUCCAACCGUGAUUGCACUUUGAGAUUCUUUAAGCAGCCAGUGAUUUGAAGAAGGGGGAACAGGGUCUUCCCUCUUAAUCUUGUUUUUGGGGGGUAGGGAGGAGGGUUUGUUGUAAUGAAUUGACACUCUGGCACUUCAACCUGUUCACUGAGGAGGCUAAUGAUAGCAGCAGGGCCUGAAGUCUGCAUGAAGCCACUUCCUGGAACAGACUGCUGGGCUUGUCCACACACUGAGCACAGUAACCUGUGUUCCAGUGUCUGAAUUGUCUUUAACAUGUGCCUUGGAGGUGACAGGGUUGAGGGAUGGUGUUUCUCAGGUGGAAUGGGGUUUCUCAGGUUAUCUCUGAGCCAAAUUGUGAUGACCCAGUCUGGACCUCGGUGCCUUUGACACUUUUUGGAUUAAAUUUACAAUCCGGUUGAUGUAAUUGUUAUUUUCCAUUGUUUUAAGAUGUGUCUUGUACAUCUCUCUGCUUGACGAGCUGAGGACAAUUUGCUUCUGGACAAAAUAAUUUGGAUGACACUAAGCGAGACCUGAGCUCGGUGGAAAAUCCUUUCAGAUUUUAGAUUAUGAUCAUGAGUGGACUGAGAGUUGACUGAAUGUCAGAAUGGGAUUGUGCUGCAGCCCAAUGCUCAUCGUGAGAGGUCCUUUACUAUCCAAAUCGCUGCUCAUGAUUUUUAUACCAUGCUAAUUACUUCUAAAGAUGAACAAAGUGAAUUUUAUAUGAAAGCUUAACAUUUUUAAUUGCUGUGCAUUGGACAUGAGUGAGUCAUGUGAAUUAUGGUGUCAGCUUCCAAAACUGAGCAGCUGGAAUAAUCAUGUUUCUCUUUAAACAUCUUAACUGUUUUUUUUUUCUCUCCUCCACCCCAUUAUGAUAAACAGUGGUCUGCAGUCACUCACUGGAUAGUGACCUCCUAGAUCCUGUAACUCAAUGGUUUAAUCUGAAUGGCACUUUUCUGAAUGAGAAAUCAAAUGUUUGCAAACAGUAUUGGAGUUAAUAUCCAGGCUGUAAACCCUGAUUCUCCAGCACUUUCUCACAACAUCAUUGCACUAGACUACGGACUGGUUCAGUCAUUUUGCUUAGACUGGAUUUAGCUGUUGAUCAGUUUGUUUUCACAGAUGUUUCAUAGCUCUGUUAAUAAAGAUAAUUGUGAAUGAU